GGGGCCACGAGCAGCUCUUUCUUCUGCACCGCAACAAACUUUCUGAGCUGCGUUUCCCCGCGGGGCUGCAUGCGCUGCUGCUAGGCGACAGUUUAAAAUGGAAAUUCCGGCCAUAAACCUGAAGGCCAUCCUGUUGGUCCACUGGCUGCUGACAGUCUGGGGCUGCAUGGGCUGGGUCGGUAUUUCAUACAUAUUUGCGAACUUCAGCGUGCUGGCUGUGGGCGUGUGGGCCGUGGCACAGAGAGACUCCAUCGACGCGGUGCUCAUGUUCCUGAUUGGCCUGUUACUGACGAUACUCAUCGACAUUGUCCAUUUUGCAGUGUUUUAUCCCUUGUCCUCAGGAGGAGACUUGUUCCGCUUCAGCAUGGGCAUGGCCAUCCUCAGCCUCAUCCUGAAACCUUUCUCCUGCUUCUUCGUCUAUCAGAUGUACCGUGAGCGGGGUGGAGAGUACAACAUCAACUUCGGUUUUCCAACAGUAACCCGGAACCGAGACACCUACCAGUCCAUCGACCAUCAGGGCCAAUCCGACAGCUCAGCCAAACCCUUUAUCCAGGGAGAGGACCAGAAACAUGAUGCCCGAUUGUACUGAUUUAUUGCCUUCACUCAUUGUCCAUUUUUUAAAUGGUUACUGCACUGCUGGAAAAAAAAGUUACUGCUGGGUGACCCUCAGGGGUCAGUAAUCAGUACCAUUUAUUGUAUAUGUUUCACCUGGAGAAGUGAAAUGUAGUUGUUUUUUGUUUUUUAAAAUGAUUUAAGAUUCAGAAUUGGAGCUCAAUGACCUCAUUUGGACCUAAUCAGUUUUCCGAGGUGAACUAUACCAUAUGUGGAUAUUACAUUUAUAAUGGAUAUACUGUUGAACGUAGUACUUUUCUUUUGUGAGGGAGAGGUGGGUGUGUUGGUUUAGUUGCAAUUUGUGCAUUAGUCAUGCACCACGUUACUUUCACUAAGUUGAAUGUUGUCCGUCGCAAACAUUUUAGGUUCAUGCCAGGUCAAUUUUGCCUUCGCAGCCACGCAGUACCCGUUUUCCAUCCUGUAUUCGUUUUCCAUCAUGUAUAUCCUUGUAGGUUUUUGAUAAUGUAUAGAUAUAAAGUGCUUAUUGAAAGAAAAAUGUAUACGAGUUAUAUGAAUGUACAUACUUAGAAACAUGUAACCAGAUCAGUCGUUCUGUUAAAAUAACUGAAAGCACACAAGCAAUCUGUAGCCUAUAUGCAAAUAUAUCUGUAAGUAUGAUUGAAGAGUAAGAAUUUGUGUGAAUGUAGAAUGCAGAAGUCAUGACAUGAUACUUUUUUUUUUUUUUUAAAUCAAAUAUAAUUGUAUGGGCGGAUACUAAUGGUCUACUUGCACUCGGGACUAUGACUUAUUUCUACCUCUGUUUGCACUAUGAACACUUGGCAGUACAGCGAGACCACAGUAUCUAAACGCUUGGUUGUUGUUUUUUUUCAAUCUUACAAUAAAAUCUUAGGGUCGAGCCAUUGUUA